AUGAGUCCUCUACGACUGGAGCUCCAGAGAGCAGACAUAGUCUCUGUGCGGGCCGAUGUCUGUGUCAGCUCCAUACACCGCAGCAAGGAUCUGACCAAGGGACCUCUUGCCAAGCGGAUACUCAAGUGUGGAGGGAACAGCAUUCAGGAGGAGCUGCUUAAGAGGGAUCCUGGGAAAGAAUUAAAAAUAGGUCAAGUUGAAGCUGUCUCAUCUGGAAAAUUACAAAACUUCAAGGAUUUGAACUUCAUCUGUCUUUGCACUUACCGGCCAGGAAAUGAACAGAUUUUGCUGCAGAGCCUACUCGAAUGUCUAGAAUUAGCAGCAGUAAAAAACCACAAGAGUGUGGCAUUUCCUGCCCUGGGCAUUGGCCAUGGCUAUCCUGCGGAGAAAGUAGCGGCCUGUCUGAUAGAGGCUGCCACCUUACAUAACUACCAGUUCCCCAAGACUUCUUUAGAUGUGGUCUAUGUUGUUCUCUUAGAUCAUGAUGUGGAUGUCAUCAAGACUUUCUUGCUGAUGUGUGCUAAAGGAACUACAGACUUGGAAGUAGACACAACCAGUCAGCUACCAAUUAAUUCAGGAACAACACAGAAGACAGCUACAUGUCCUCCAAAAAUGCCAACUGUCAUGGGUCAGAAGAAAAAAGCCAAACAGGCUAAUCAGCCAAUUCGUGUUAAUUCACUUUUUGCCAGUAUUUCAAGUUUAUUUAAAGGCUUUGGUUACUCAGCAAAUGUAGGCUUGUUCACUUUCAAUGUGAAGCCCACAAUCUCAAACAGAAUAGCUGGCUUUCAGGUUAGUUUUGGCCUUAAUAUUUCAUUUAUUGAUACAUUUAUCCCUCCGUCACUGCACCCGCUCUGGAAAAGUAUUACCUCAUAA